CGCCUCCCUGCGCCUCGGCCGCCGCUCCGCGCGCUGCGGCUGCCAUGGGGGUCGCGGGCCGCGGUCGGCCUGGGGCGGCCCGAGCGCUGCUGCUGCUGUUGCUGCUGCCGCCUCCGCUGCUGGUCGCCGCCGUCCGGGGCCGCGCUGACCGGCCGCUGGAGGAUGUGGACGAGUGCGCUCAACGGCUAGAUGACUGCCAUGUUGAUGCGCUGUGUCAGAACACACCCACGUCCUAUAAGUGCUCUUGCAAGCCUGGCUACAAAGGGGAGGGCAGGCAGUGUGAUGACGUGGAUGAGUGUGACAGUGAGCUAAAUGGAGGCUGUGCCCACGACUGCUUAAACAUUCCGGGCAACUAUCGCUGCACCUGUUUCGAUGGCUUCAGGUUGGCUCAUGACGGUCAUAAUUGUCUCGAUGUGGACGAGUGCAUGGAGAACAAUGGUGGCUGUCAACACACCUGCCUCAACGUCAUGGGGAGCUAUGAGUGUGGCUGCCAAGAAGGUUUCUUUCUGAGUGACAAUCAGCACACUUGCAUUCACCGCUCAGAAGAGGGCCUGAGCUGUAUGAACAAGGACCAUGGCUGUAGUCACAUCUGCAGGGAGGCCCCCAGGGGCAGCAUUGCCUGUGGAUGCAGGCCUGGUUUUGAGCUGGCUAAGAACCAGAGAGACUGCAUCUUGACUUGUAACCAUGGAAACGGUGGGUGUCAGCACUUGUGUGAAGAUACAGCUGAAGGUCCCAUGUGUAGCUGCCAUCCACGGUACAGAUUGCAUGCUGAUGGGAGGAGCUGUCUGGAGAAAGAGGGCACCAUCCUGGAGGGGACAGAGAGCAACGCCACAUCAGUGGCCGACGGAGAUAAACGGGUGAAGAGACGGCUGCUCAUGGAAACGUGUGCCGUCAAUAACGGAGGCUGUGAUCGCACCUGCAGGGACACAUCCACAGGGGUUCACUGCAGUUGUCCCAUUGGGUUCACCCUCCAGUUGGACGGGAAGACUUGUAAAGAUAUCGAUGAGUGCCAGACCCGGAAUGGAGGUUGUAACCAUUUCUGCAAAAACACCGUGGGCAGUUUUGACUGCAGCUGCAGAAAAGGAUUUAAAUUAUUAACAGAUGAGAAGUCUUGCCAAGAUGUGGAUGAAUGCUCUUUGGAAAGAACCUGUGACCACAGCUGCAUCAACCACCCAGGUACAUUUGUUUGUGCCUGCAACAGCGGGUUCACACUCUACGGCUUCACCCACUGUGGAGACACCAACGAGUGCAGUGUCAGCAAUGGGGGCUGCCAGCAAGUUUGCGUCAACACAGUGGGUGGCUAUGAGUGCCAGUGUCAUCCAGGGUACAAGCUCCACUGGAAUAAAAAAGACUGCGUGGAAGUGAAGGGCUUCCUGCCCACCAGCACGACGCCCAGUGUGUCCCUGCACUGUGGUAAGAGUGGUGGAGAAGACAGGUGCAUCCUAAGAUGUCACUCUGGCAUCUACCUCUCUUCAGGACUGCAAGAGGCCUACUCUGUCACCUGCGGCUCUUCCUCUUCUCUCAGAAGCAGACAGCAAAAGUCAAACGACUCUGAUUUUGGGGAUGUCAUCACCGUCAGGACAAGUGUAACCUUUAAGCUAAAUGAAGGCAAAUGUAGUCUGCAAAAGGUCAAGCUGUCUCCCGAGGGCCCGCGACCAGCGCUACCAGAGAGGCACAGCUCAGUAAGAGAGAGCUUCCAGUACGCAAACCUUACAUGCAGCUCUGGCAAGCAAGUCCCAGGAGCCCUUGGCCGACCGAGUGCCCCUAAGGAAAUGUUUAUCACGGUUGAGCUUGAACGGGAAACUUACAAAAAGGAGGUGACAGUCUCCUGCAAUCUGAGCUGCCUGGUAAAGCAGACGGAGAAGCGACUACGGAAAGCCAUCCGCACGCUCAAGAAGGCUGCCCACAGGGAGCAGUUUCACCUGCAGCUCUCGGGCAUGGACCUCAACGUGGCUAAAACGUCCCUCCGAGCGUCUGAACAGCGGGAGGAGACCUGUGGAGUGGGGCAGAGUCAAGAGGAAAACCAGUGUGUCUCAUGCAGGCCUGGGACUUAUUAUGAUGGAUUACAAGAAAGCUGCAUUUUAUGUCCAAAUGGAACCUUCCAAAAUGAGGAAGGACAAGUCACUUGUGAACCAUACCCAAGACCAGGAAAUCUUGGGGCCCUAAAAAUCCCAGAAGCCUGGAAUGUGUCUGAAUGUGGUGGUCUAUGCCAACCAGGUGAAUAUUCAGCAGAUGGAUUUGCCCCUUGCCAACUCUGUGCCCUGGGCACCUUUCAGCCUGAUGUGGGCCGCACAUCAUGCCUCCCAUGUGGAGGAGGUCUUCCCACUAAACAUCUGGGAGCCACUUCCUUCCAGGAUUGCGAAACCAGAGUUCAGUGUUCGCCUGGGCAUUUCUACAACACCACCACACACCGAUGUAUCCGCUGCCCACUGGGGACAUACCAGCCUGAAUUUGGAAAAAAUAGCUGUGUUUCCUGCCCGGGGAAUACUACCACGGACUUUGAUGGCUCUACCAACAUAACGCAGUGUAAAAACAGGAAGUGUGGAGGGGAGCUGGGGGAUUUCACAGGGUAUAUUGAGUCCCCAAACUACCCUGGGAACUACCCUGCCAACUCCGAGUGCACCUGGACCAUCAACCCACCGCCUAAACGCCGCAUCCUGAUCGUGGUCCCCGAGAUCUUCCUGCCCAUAGAAGAUGACUGUGGCGACUACCUGGUGAUGCGGAAAACCUCUUCAGCAAAUUCUGUGACCACAUAUGAAACCUGCCAGACCUACGAACGCCCCAUCGCCUUCACCUCCAGGUCAAAGAAGCUGUGGAUUCAGUUCAAGUCCAAUGAAGGGAACAGUGCCCGAGGGUUCCAGGUCCCCUAUGUGACGUACGACGAAGACUACCAGGAACUCAUUGAAGAUAUAGUUCGAGAUGGCAGGCUCUACGCAUCUGAGAACCACCAGGAAAUACUGAAGGAUAAGAAACUGAUCAAGGCUCUGUUUGAUGUCCUGGCACACCCCCAGAACUAUUUCAAGUAUACAGCCCAGGAGUCCCGGGAGAUGUUUCCAAGAUCUUUCAUCCGAUUGCUACGUUCCAAAGUGUCAAGGUUUCUGCGGCCUUACAAAUGACUCUUCCCACGUGCCACUCAGAAGAGUGUCCACCGCGGGCAGUGGGCUGAAGCCGUCUACCCUCCAC